GAAUCACUGAUUAUUCCUCAGAAGCUCCGGGGAGUCGAGCACCAGAUUGAUAAAAGCCAUGCGAACCCACCAUUAAUGGCGGAGAUCCAUCUGGCGCAGAGCUUCUAGAACCUCCGGAGACUCCCCUCCCCCACUCAUUCAAUAUUUUAAUUAAUUACAGCUAUGCCUUUUCGGUGAUCCAUUCAUGAAAAAGUCACACAAAAACAUCAGUCUCCACCACUUUCAUUCGUCGCAGAGCUGUUUCUCGUUGAUCGACUCGACUGUCUCCCCUCACAACUCUGCUCUUUGACGCAUUCCUGAAUGCGACGGCUGAUUAGUAUUUUUUUAAUUGUUUUCAAUAUCCGGAAGGUAUUGAUUGGUGAAUUGGCGUGAAUUGUGAAAUGGUUUAUGCGAAGAGCCGGCCGAACUGAUUCGAACUCGAAUUGAUGAAUGUUGAUGGAGAAGAAGUUCGUCGCCGUCGAUUUCAAGGAGAAGCAAGUGAGGUUUCACAAGGAGGAGAAACGAAACAUCGAAGCGUUUUUGGAGAAGACGGAGGUUGAGGAGCUACCUGUGUUCAAAAUCUCGAGUUCCUUCUGGAGAUCCGGCAGCGAUAAGCUUCGAGGGAGGUCUCGCGUGUUCCCGGAAGAAGGCGUCGAGCCGAAGAAGAAGACAGUGCUCGAUCCAGGAAGCGGAGCGGUGUUGAGAUGGAACAGAGUGUUCCUAUUUUCAUGCUUGCUAGCACUUUUUGUGGAUCCUCUGUUCUUCUACAUGCCUUCGGUGACGAAUCAGAGCAAUUCGUCGUCGUCGUGUAUGAGGGUGGAUUCGAAUAUAGCGAUUGUGAUCACGUGCUUCAGGUCGAUUGCAGAUGUGUUCUAUAUGCUGCAUGUGUUUGUGAAGUUCAGAACUGCUUAUGUGUCUCCUAGUUCGAGAGUGUUCGGCAAAGGCGAGCUUGUUAUGGAUUUGAAUUUGAUUGCCAGGAGGUAUUUGAAGACGGAUUUCUUCAUCGAUUUCAUUGCAGCUCUGCCUCUUCCUCAGAUUGUUAUAUGGUGCAUAUUACCAGCAAUUAGGAGCACACACUCUGAUCACACCAACAAUGCCUUAGUACUCAUUGUCCUCCUACAAUAUGUCCCCAGAUUAUAUCUUAUUUUCCCCUUAAGUUCCCAAAUUAUCAAAGCCAACGGCGUCGUCACAAAGACCGCCUGGGCCGGCGCCGCCUACAAUCUGCUGCUCUACAUGUUGGCGAGCCAUGUGUUAGGCGCGUCGUGGUACUUACUUUCGAUUGAGAGGCACGCGACAUGUCUGAAAUCAGCUUGCAACGAUGAAUCCAAGAUGUUGAACUGCUCCCUCGAGUUUUUGGACUGUCGAACUUUGGGAGAUAGCGGGAGAGUGAAAUGGUUGAACGUCACGAAUGUUUUCGCUAAUUGCAAUCCGGAUAACACGACAUAUUUUGAUCAUGGGAUAUUUGGAAAUGCUGUUGCCAAGAACGUCGUAUCCUCGUCUUUCAUGGAGAAGUACUUCUACUGUCUCUGGUGGGGUUUGCAAAACUUAAGUUCUUACGGUCAAUCGUUGGAGACGAGCACUUUUAUUGGCGAAACUAUGUUCGCUAUACUCAUCGCUAUAUUGGGGCUCGUUCUCUUUGCUCAUUUGAUCGGCAAUAUGCAGACAUACUUGCAAUCCAUAACCGUUAGGCUGGAGGAAUGGCGAGUUAAGCGGCGAGACACUGAAGAGUGGAUGAAGCAUCGGCAGCUCCCGGAAGGGCUACGACAGCGUGUGAGACGGUUCGUGCAGUACAAGUGGCUAACCACGAGAGGAGUCAAUGAAGAAUCCAUCCUCCAGGCACUGCCUAAAGAUCUCCGCCGCGACAUUCAGCGCCACCUAUGCCUCGACCUCGUCCGUCGGGUGCCAUUCUUCUCCCAAAUGGACGACCAACUCCUGGACGCCAUAUGCGAGCGCCUCGUAUCCUCCUUAAGCACUUACGGCACGUACAUCGUCCGCGAGGGCGAUCCCGUUAACGAGAUGCUCUUCAUAAUCCGGGGCACCCUCGAGAGCUCGACGACAAACGGCGGUCGAACCGGCUUCUUCAACUCCACCACUCUCCGCCCCGGCGACUUCUGUGGCGAAGAGCUCCUCGCAUGGGCUUUGCUCCCCAAGUCCACCCUAAACUUGCCGUCUUCCACCCGCACCGUCAAAGCCCUCAGCGAAGUCGAAGCCUUCGCGCUCCGGGCCGAGGACCUCAAAUUCGUCGCCAACCAAUUUCGACGACUCCACAGCAAGAAGCUACAGCACACGUUCCGGUAUUACUCCCAUCACUGGCGGACUUGGGCCGUGUGUUUCAUUCAAGCCGCGUGGCGACGACACAAGAAACGAAUGAUGGCGCAGAGUCUCAGCAUGCGAGAGUCGUUUUUGUUGUCCCAAUUACAGGACGAUGAAAAUGCGCGGGAAACGGGCGAUGUUGCCGAUGACGGAGAAUUCGAGAAUUCGUCGAAACAUUUGGGAGUUACGCUAUUGGCCUCAAGAUUUGCAGCUAAUACUAGAAGGGGUGCUCAGAAGAUUAAGGAUGUUGAUCUGCCUAAGCUGCAGAAACCCGAGGAGCCGGAUUUCUCGGCUGACCCCGACGACGACUAGGCGCGUUUCGGGGGGGUGUUCGACAGACCAGUUAGUCAUUUAAUCUAAUCUAUUGUGAAAUAUUCGUUGCGCGAAAGCAUGCGGUGACUAUUUUUAUAUGUUAGAGUGGCGGAAAUUUUGUACAGGAAAUCAAUGGAGGGGUCGGGAUUCGACCUUUUCCAUACACCUUUCAUGUUCGACGCUUUAAAAAAGCUCGAUUCAGUUCAAACUUUUCUUGUGCAUAGGUAACACAUGUUUCAUUCGAAUGCAUAGGAACUUUGUUAAAUAUAUAACCUGUCUUCAUGCU